AUGACACUAAGUGUCCAUUUCGUUCUCUCUCGCUCGUUCUCUCUCUCCCGUUCUCUCUCUCACGUUCUCUCUCUCCCGCUCUCUCUCUCCCGUUCUCUCUCGCUCGUUCUCUCUCUCCCAUUCUCUCUCCCGUUCUCUCUCGCUCGUUCUCUCUCUCCCGUUCUCUCUCUCCCGUUUUCUCUCUCCCGUUCUCUCUCUCCCGUUCUCUCUCUAUCGUUCUCUCUCUCUCGUUCUCUCUCUCGUUCUCUUUCUCGUUCUCUCUCGUUUUCUUUCUCUCUCGAUCUCUCUCUCUUGUUCUCUCUCUCUCUCGUUCUCUCGUUCUCCCUCGCUCUCUUGUUCUCUCUCUCUUGUUCUCUCUCUCUCUCGUUCUCUCUCUCUCGUUCUCUCUCUCGCGUUCUCUCUCUCGUUCUCUCUCUCUCUCUCUCUCUCUCUCUCUCUCUCUCUCUCUCUCUCUCUCUCUCUCUCUCUCUCUCUCUCUCUCUAGUUAUCUCUCUCUCGCUAUCUCUCGUUACAACCAUUCUCUUCAUUCUAUUUUAA